AUGGCGGCAUCAGUCGCGUGGAUAGACACGCCAGACCCCAGCAGCAACUGCACUGUCUCAGCAGAUCUGCCCAGCCAUCUCCCAGACCAAUACCUCGCCAAGGUAGCAGACUGCACCGCCAUGGUAGCAUGGUACCGCGACCACCCCGGCUACGCGGUAACCCACCAGUGGAUCGACGACACGGCCGACGAGUUUGUGGACAUCCACAUUCUGGACAGCUGCUUCUUCUCCGUCAAGCACCGUGCAACGACGACCCAGAAUACAGCGAUCGGGAAUGUUGACGUCCAGCGGUACAUGAAGCUCCUCCUGAACGAGGCGCUUGCGGACGGCUACACCAACGGCCACGGCAACAUGACGUGCGUCGACGCCGACGACGCGGCGCAGAAGGUAGACCUAGGAUACCGAGUCUGGAAACGGACCCCCAGCAGCCCGAUCCAGACCCAUAGCCCCCGUGACUCCUCCGCCGGAUCCCGCCGCGCCGCGCCGCCGUCCUGGCUCACCCUCCGCUAG